AUGUUAUCCAGAGUAGCCAGACGUGCCUUCUCCUCGACAGUUGCCAACCCUUAUAAAGUCACCGUUUUGGGUGCAGGUGGUGGUAUUGGGCAGCCAUUGUCGCUGCUUCUAAAGCUGAAUCACAAAGUCACCGACUUGAGACUGUACGACUUGAAAGGUGCUAAGGGUGUUGCCACAGACUUGUCGCAUAUCCCAACCAACUCCGUCGUCAAGGGGUUUUCUCCAGAAGAGCCGGACGGAUUGAGCAAUGCUUUGAAGGACACAGACAUGGUGCUGAUCCCCGCCGGUGUGCCCAGAAAGCCAGGUAUGACACGUGACGAUUUGUUCGCCAUCAAUGCAAGCAUCGUGCACGACUUGGCAGUUGCCGCCGCGGAAUCCGCUCCCAACGCCGCCAUCUUGGUCAUCUCCAACCCGGUUAACUCCACCGUACCUAUUGUCGCCCAGGUCUUGAAGAGCAAGGGUGUAUACAACCCCAAAAAGCUGUUCGGUGUGACCACCUUGGACUCCAUCAGAGCCUCCAGAUUCAUCUCCGAAGUGGAACACACCGACCCCACUCAGGAAAGAGUCAACGUCAUCGGUGGUCACUCAGGUAUCACCAUCAUCCCAUUGAUCUCCCAGACUACCCAUAAGUUGAUGUCCGACGACAAAAAGCAAGAGCUGAUCCACAGAAUACAGUUUGGUGGGGACGAAGUCGUCAAGGCCAAGAACGGUGCUGGUUCCGCCACCCUGUCCAUGGCGCACGCUGGUGCUAAGUUCGCCAACGCCGUGUUGUCGGGCUUCAAGGGCGAAAGAGACGUCAUCGAACCCUCAUUUGUAGACUCUCCUCUAUUCAAGUCCGAAGGCAUUGACUUCUUCGCAUCUCCGGUCACCUUGGGCCCAGACGGUAUCGAGAAGAUUCAUCCUAUUGGCGAACUUUCCUCUCAAGAAGAAGAAAUGCUAGAGAAAUGCAAAGAAACUCUAAAGAAGAACAUCGAAAAGGGUGUGAGCUUUGUCGCUAGUAAAUAG